AUGUUUACGCAGCCAGUGUCUUCGCCUCCCCCCGGCCCGCAGACUGCCUCGCCCGUCUCGCCAGGGCGGCCCAGCAGACUGCGCGGCCUCAGCUACCUGCGCAACUACACGCACAACCACCUCCUGUCGCGUGACAGCAGCGGCUCCAACUCCAACUCGCACUCCAACUCGCACGCCGCCCCCGCAGGCGCUAGCAACACCUCGCAUGCCCGCAGCGGCAGCGGCCACGGUCACGGUCACAGUCACGGUCACGGCACCGCCAGCGGCGCAAACCUCACCCGCUCCGUCAGCUACACGCCCUCCUCCACCACCACCCCCUCCUCGCACGCCGCCGCCGCCCUCAACCCGACUGCGCCUGCCGCCCAGAACCUCAACCGCCUAACCCUCGUCAGCUCAAACCCCGACACCUCGUCGGCCCACGCGAGGAUCCCCUCGACGAACAGCCACCCCGAGUCCAUCCCCGAGGCCACUGCCGCCGCCGCCGCCGCCGCCGCCCCAGCGACCCCGCACGCGGCCGACGACCCCCAGCCCGCCAUGCCGCACAACGCGACCGCGACGUCGACUCCCGCGACGGGCGACGCCGCCGCCGCCGCGACCGCCUCCAAUCCCGAGAGCACCCCGUCGAUCCGCUUCUCCGCGUACUACGACCCGCGCUCCACCCGUCCCUCCCUCUCCUUCCCGCCCAUCUCGAGGACCCUGCCCAACGGCACCGAGGUCAUCCGCGUCGGUCGCUACUCGGAGCGCGACGGCCAAGCCGCCAACAUGGCCGGCAACCAGCCCUCGGCGGCUCCCGUCGGCUUCAAGAGCAAGGUCGUCAGCCGGCGCCACUGCGAGUUCUGGUGCGAGGACGGCAAGUGGUACAUCCGCGACGUGAAGAGCUCCUCGGGCACGUUCCUCAACCACAUUCGCCUCAGCCCGCCGUCGCAGGAGAGCAAGGCGUACCCGGUCAACGACGGCGACAUUGUCCAGCUCGGCAUCGACUUCAAGGGCGGCGAGGAGAUGAUUUUCCGCUGCGUCAAGAUGCGCCUCGAGCUCAACCGAGGCUGGCAGAACAAGCUCAACACGUUCAACGUUGCUGCGCAUAAAAGGCUGCGCACAAUGGCAACCGGCAACGGCGCCGCGUCCGUGUCGAGCUCGAACUCGCAGGACUGCUCCAUCUGCCUCAACUCUAUUGCUCCCUGUCAGUCGCUCUUUGUGGCUCCCUGCUCGCACACGUGGCAUUUCAAAUGCGUGCGAUCACUGCUGUCGUCGCCGCAGUAUCCCAUUUUCGUCUGUCCGAACUGCCGUGCUGGUGCCGAUCUGGAGGCCGAUGUCGAGGAGCCCGACGAGGAGUGGCAGCAGCUCGAGGAGGGCGCGGACGACGAGGCGAAACCCCAAACUGCCAACGGCCAGCCGCCAGAGGCUGUGUUGCAACCCUCGCCUGUACCGGCGCCCGAGCCAGAGCCAGACGCCAUGGAUAUCACCAUGGAUGUCACCGUCAAUCCAAACGCAUCGGACAGCCCUAGCGGGAGGUCAAACCUACCCCACGAGCCAACGGAGCCCGUACCCAUUCGUAACCCGGCGUCUGGAGCCGGGCGCGUGAACCAACUACGGGAGAACCGCUCGCCGUCGCCGCACACCAACGGAGAGGGACCGAUCACGCCGCGGAACAACGCCGGGCCCUGGGUGUUUGACGGCGGCGCGGGUCGGCGAGUGGCGGACCCAACAGCAGAGAUGACGAGCCUCGACGCCGCGACAGAGAUGGACCUGAGCGGAGGCGGCACGAGCGACGCAUCGAGCCGCUGA